GAUAAAGUAGAAGGUUACAGUCUGGCGACACGAGGUUGCAUCCAACAGGUGUCUUGUCCACAGUCUUGGCUCUACCUUUGUAAACUACGUUCAUGGACCCUCGAGGUAAGGGCGCGUUUCUGACAGGCGGGGCACAAGGCUUGGGCCGAGGUAUCGUGGAGGAGCUUUUGUCUUUUGGAGCAAAGGUGUUGUUCUGCGAUGUCGAUAUGGAGAGAGGGAGGGCGACUGAGUCUGAACUACAAACACAAUAUGGCGCUGAUGUCGUCUUCUUUCAUCCGGCCGACGUCUCGGAUGACGAGCAGCACAAAGCGGCGUUUAGGGCGGCGGUGUCACAGUUUGGAGCCGUGGACAUCUGUAUCAACAAUGCUGGGAUUAUGGACAAAACAACUGGGAGAAAAUGCUAGCUGUCAACACGGGAGCAUAUAUCCGGGGCAGUCUGCUAGCUCUGGAGCACAUGCGCCGUGACCGCGGAGGUCGUGGUGGCGUCAUCAUUAACGUGGCAUCUCUUGCAGGACUCUAUGUAAGUUCGUUUAAUCCGGGUUAUUGUGCGUCCAAGCAUGCCGUGGUCGGCUUCACCACCAGCUGGGCUAUGAGUCCUGACCAGAAAGACCAUGGUGUUCGCUGGUGCUGUCUGUGUCCUGACGCCAUCCAAACGUCAAUGAUUGCUGCAAGAGAUUACAAUCACCCAGAAUUGGCCGACAGUAUUUCAAAGAGCACGGAGUUAUGCCAGUUUCCCAGGUGGCACAGGCCGUCAUAAAACUGAUACAAGAUCCAGACAACAACGGCGCCAUCUUGGAGGUGUCCCUUGCUAAGGGGGCUCGUUACCGACGACGACAGAUUGUGGACCGUGAUGGUGUUUCUGACCUCGUGGUGGUGGACACGUACUGAGGACUGAGGGGCUCGUAAAACCUACUCAAAACUCUAGUUAAGUACUAUUCCAGACAGCACGAACGAGCAUAAUACUCUGCAUGUAAUAUUCAGAUCGAGAAGAAGUAUUAUAGUGUGUUAUUUGGUGGAUUGUAUAAAACUGUACCACAAAUGUG